CCAGUGUGUCAUUCUCUUGGGAAUGUGAUAAGACAUAACCAAAUGUCUGCAUGCCGUAUGCUCUGCAGCCACUGGUAUGGUGGAUAGCAUAUGCUGGCUGGGUGUUAGAGAUUUGAUGGCACUGGAGCACUUCAUCUCCUAUGCUGCUGAAGGCCUUGGGACCCAUGUCUGAACUGACCAUCCAGCAGGUUUGGGAAGCUCUGUCAAAGCCAUACUGGAUGUUAAGCUGCACAUAGUAGUAUUGGCUCCUUUCUUUCACAACCCUUCCCCACACAGACCUUAGUUUUUCUUAUCUAGUCUGCUCUUGUACUUUUCAGUUUCUAUCUGAUUUUGUACUAUGGUAUUUUGAUUUUAUUUAGACUUCUUUCAAAUAUGUUUUCAAAAUAAAACAACUAGGAUAAAUAUCUCCCCACAAGGCAAAGCAGCACCGGUCAGUACUUAAAAUAUACAUGAAUGUUUUGAGAAAGUCACCUUUUUUGUUAGUGUGUGUGCAUAUAGAGGCUGGAGGUCAACAUUGGCUAACUUCCUCUAUUACCCUCUACCUUAUUUUUUGAGACAGAGUUUCUCACUAAAUCUGGAGCUCACUGAUGUUGGUUAGAUUGGCUGACCAGUGAGACCCUAAGGUCCUCCUCCUGAAUUACAGGCACACACUGCCACAUCUGGCUUCCUAAGUGGAUACUAUGGAUCCAAACUUGGGUCUUCAUGCUUGCAUAGUAAGCCGGUUUGUCAACUGAGCAUCUCACUAGUCCCUAAGGUCAUUCUUUACAUGUGUAAAAUCCUUUUCUAACGGUUUAUUUUUAUUAAUUUUCAUGCUCAAUAUUAUUCAAUAAAUUGUUUAAAACUGUGUAUUUUUAAAGUGACUUCAACCACAAAUCUUUAGCACUAAAACAAAACAAACUGAACCCAAUUGCUUUUAUAGGUGACACGGGUAGUUUUACUGUGGGUGAAUAAUCACUUCAAUGACUUUGAAGGAGAUCCUGCAAUGACUCGAUUUCUAGAAGAAUUUGAAAAUAAUCUGGAAAGAGAGAAAAUGGGUGGACAUCUAAGGCUGUUGAACAUUGCAUGUGCAGCUAAAGCAAAACGAAGAUUGAUGACACUAACAAAGCCAUCCAGGGAGGCCCCUCUGCCCUUCAUCUUACUGGGAGGCUCUGAAAAGGGCUUUGGCAUCUUUGUGGACAGUGUUGAUUCCAGCAGCAAAGCAACUGAGGCAGGCUUGAAGCGUGGGGAUCAGAUAUUAGAAGUAAAUGGUCAAAAUUUUGAAAAUAUCCAGCUUUCAAAGGCAAUGGAAAUUCUUAGAAAUAACACACACCUGUCCAUCACUGUGAAAACCAACUUAUUUG